AUGUUGACGGUUGAGAAGCAAUGGAUUAACGUGCAACAAAAGACCUUCACCAAAUGGCUGAAUGACAAACUGAAGGCGCGGAGUUUGGCCAUCGAUGACUUGGUCACUGACCUCUCCGACGGUGUCAUUCUCAUUCACCUCCUCGAAAUCCUAGGAGGAGAGUCCCUCGGUCGAUACGCAUCAAAACCCAAACUGCGCGUACAACGAUUCGAAAAUGUGAACAAAAGUUUGGAUUUCAUCAAGGGAAGGAGAAUUCAGAUGACGAAUAUUGGAGCUGAGGAUAUUGUGGAUGGUAAUCAAAAGAUCAUCCUGGGGUUGAUUUGGACCUUGAUUCUGCGGUUUACAAUCAGCGAUAUCAACGAGGAAGGAAUGACCGCCAAGGAAGGUCUGCUACUUUGGUGUCAACGAAAAACAGCAUGCUACGAUGAGGUAGAGGUUCGGGACUUCUCCUCUAGCUGGAACAACGGCUUGGCCUUCUGCGCACUUCUCGAUAUUCACCGACCGGAUUUGAUCGACUACGAGGCGCUAGACAAGAGCGACCACCGUGGGAAUAUGAAACUGGCCUUCGACAUCGCAUCCAACGAAAUCGGCAUUCCUGACCUGCUGGACGUGGACGAUGUCUGCGAUGUAGCUAGACCUGAUGAGCGCUCCCUCAUGACCUAUAUUGCCUACUGGUUCCAUGCCUUCUCACAACUGGAAAGAGUCGAAAAUGCCGGACGCCGAGUGGAGAAGUUUGUGAACAAUAUGCACGGUGCGUGGGACAUGCAGAAUUCGUACGAGCGCCGAACAAGGGAACUAUUGCGACUGAUUCGCGCCCAGCGCGAGCACUGGAAGAAUUCCACAUUUGAAGGAACAUACAAGGAUGCCAAGGAACAGUCAUAUCAGUUCUCGCUCUACAAGCGGAGCGACAAACGCCAAUGGGUAGCUGAGAAAUCUGAUCUGGCUGCUUUGUUGGGCAAUAUCAAGACGAAACUGGGUACAUAUCGUUUGCGCCCUUACGAUCCACCCCAUGAGCUGAGUCCAGAGAAUUGCGACAAAGAGUGGGAGAUCCUUACUCGGGAUGAACAUGAACGCAGCCAACUUAUUAACGAAACAAUCCGCGACAUCAAGAACAAAUUGCGCCGCUCCUUUGCCGACAAGGCAAAUGACUUUGCACUGACAUUGAAGACGCUGUCUUUAGCAAUCUCUGGGUUGGAUGGUGAAGUUGAGGACCAGCUUCAUCAUGUCAAGAUGCUGAACGAUAAAUUGCCGCCUCUUGACGCCUUCCUCGAUACCAUUGCAGAAGUAGAUCAACAGUGUGCAGAGGCUAAUAUCGAAGAAAAUGACUUCACCACAUACACUUUGGACGAGCUCGCAUACGAGCUAAGUCUCGUCAAGUCCAGCAUUUCCAAGAAGCUGGCUUUCCUUGACAACCAAAUGGUUGCUCGCAACAUGACUAACCUGACUCCUAUCCAAUUGGAAGAGUUCGAAUCGGUCUUCCGCCAUUUCGAUCGCGACUCUUCCAACACACUUCAGGAGCUUGAGUUCUCCGCCGCACUGGCCAGUCUAGGACUUGUCUAUGACGAGGAGGAGAUGCACCAGGUUUACGUCCAAGUUUGCGGGCAACAACGCCUGUCGCAGAAUGCCGGUGUCAGCUUUGAGCAAUUCAUUACAUUCAUGGUCAGCGUGACAGAAGACCAGAACACUGCCGAACAAGUCUUCCAGAGUUUCAAGGAAGUCGCUGAUGGCAAGCCUUACGUGACAGAACUUGAUCUCCGACACUCGCUCAUCCCAGACGAUGUGAUUGAGCAUUUGGUCAAGACUAUGCCCCCACACGACGGCCCCGAUCUACUCGAGGACCGCGAGUUGCCCAAGUACGACUACAUUAGCUUCAUGGAAAAAAUGCGAGAAGUGGGCCAAAACAAUGAGCAAUAA